AUGUCUUCUAUGCGCAAUGCUGUCCAACGCCGCCAACAUCGCGAGCGAGGACAACUCCAGGGCCGCGAAAAAUGGGGUAUCCUAGAAAAGCACAAGGACUACUCCCUCCGCGCGAAAGACUACAACAUGAAAAAACAAAAAAUCAAGCGGCUCGAAGAAAAAGCACGCGAUCGCAACCCGGACGAAUUCGCCUUUGGCAUGAUGUCCUCGCACUCAUCGACGAAGGGAAAACAUGGUACAGGGAUGCGCGAGUCUGCGACUGCUCAGGGCCUCUCCCAUGAAGCAAUCAAGUUGCUUAAGACGCAGGAUGCCGGGUAUCUUCGGACAGUGGGGGAGAGAGUUAGACGGCAGAUCGAGAAAGUAAAGGAGGAUUUGAGGAUUCAGGAAUCUAUGGGGGAGGCGCUAGGAGUUCAGGAGGACACUAGACAGGAGGACGACGGCGACGAUUUCGACGAUUUCGACUUUGGGGCCGCGGAGAAGAAAGCGCGGAAGUUGCUUUUCGCGGACGAUAGGGAAGAUCAGAAGGUCUUGAAGAGGGUUUUGGAGCAGCGAGAGCAAGAGGGAGAAACCGAAGAGGAAGAGGAAUCGUUUGGUGAGCGCGCUCAGCAGCAACAGAAGAGGAAAACUCGAAAAGAGCUGGAAGCAGAGAAACAGGCGCUGGUUGAGGCACGACGGGCGAGGAAACUCAAGAAGAGGGCUCUAGAGGUACGACAGAACAAGCUCAAGGCGCUGCAGAAGCAGUAUGCCGAUAUCACCUCCGCAGAGCGGGCACUGGAUCUGCAGCGGGCGAAGAUGUCGAAUUCCGUGGGAGGUGUUAAUAAGAAUGGGCUGAAAUUCAAGAUUAAAGAGCGGAAGAGGUGA